UUAUGCGGCUAGCUCCUUUUAAAUAUGAAGCCUUGCGUGGGCUCAAAGUAACGGAGGAAGAACGGGUUUCUUCUGAUGGAAAAAGAGAAGACAGCCACCGCAGAGAGUAGCAGGGCCAGCAGCAGAGUGAAGAAAUGGUCCCUCGAUGGAACCACAGCUUUGGUCACUGGGGGCACCAAAGGAAUCGGGCAUGCCAUAGUUGAAGAAUUAGCUGGAUUUGGAGCAACUGUACAUACAUGUUCCAGGACUGAAGCAGAGCUCAAUAAAUGCCUGGAACGAUGGAAAAGUCUGAACAUUCAUGUUACCGGAUCGGUUUGCGAUGUCUCUUCUCGAGCCGAAAGAGAGAAACUAAUGGAGGACGUCCGUUCCAUUUUCCAGGGGAAGCUCAAUAUCCUUGUUAACAAUGCAGGGACGGCCAUUGGGAAGCCAGUUGUGGAUUUCACUGCUGAAGAGUAUUCCUUUCUCAUGGCUACCAACUUGGAAUCAGCUUUCCAUCUGAGCCAACUAGCUCACCCUCUUCUGAAGGCAUCGGGGGCAGGCAGCAUCGUGUUCAUCUCCUCAAUUGCAGGGGUUGUAGCCAUACGAAAUUUUUCCAUUCAUGCAGCAACUAAAGGAGCAAUGAAUCAGCUCACGAAGAACCUGGCUUGUGAGUGGAUAGAAGACAAUAUCCGAGUCAACUGUGUUGCUCCAGGGUUCAUCCGGACCCCACUCGUAAAGUCUGUACUUGAAGACAAGCAAGCCACAGCAAGACAGGUCUCCCGCAUACCUAUGAGGCGUGUCGCAGAACCAGAGGAGGUGGCAUCUCUCGUGGCGUUCCUAUGCCUACCUGCCGCUUCCUAUAUCACGGGUCAGGUUAUUUGUGUUGAUGGCGGUCGGACUGUGAGUAGUGAUGCUUAGGAUAGGUUAUCAGAAAGCUUUCUUUAGUUAUGGUGGUCUUCAGUCAUGGAGAGCCAAGGCAAUUAAUAAAGCCUUGAGAAUAAUAAGAGUUAAGAGUGACUACGUUUGGUUGUUGUUAUGCAUUGAUGGAUCCAAAUAUAUUAGUGCAUUGAUGGCCUGGGCCAAAAUGCUAAUAUUUGAGUUGUGAUAUUGGCUUUAUUUGGCUUCGGCCUCCGAAGGCAGGUAUAAACCGGGGGCGACCCGCUGCAUUGACGGCCAGGGCUCUAGUGUUUGGAAGAAUGGAAGCAGUGGAUUCUCCGUUUUGGGUCCACUGCACCAGUCAAGCCUGUUUUGUUAAAGGCCCAUCCAUAUACUUCAAACCAGCUUGUUCUCAUGAUAAGAUACAAUUUGAUCGCUGACGUACAUUCUUACCUAUAUAAACUAUAUUCAUAUGUGACAAA